UUCAGUGUAACACACUACUCGGCAGUUAUGUCGGCGUUGAAGUCAGAUUGUUCACUGUCAGAACAGCUACGGUUUUGUACAAAAUAAUCUGUUUUAUAGUUAGUUUAGUUUCAUUUACAGUAUGUUGAGAUAACGUGUGUACUUGCCAAAAUGUAUUUUUCGAAAGGCUGAUAUAUUUUUUGGGUAUAGUAAGUUUGUUGCCGACUUCUGGGUUUUACGUUCUUCUUCUUCACUUAGCUAACGUCAGUCUGGUUAGCUCUCUUUAUUUACUUGUGUUUUAAUCGUAUUAGCGUUAUGUAACUAAGGACAAAUUUACAGCGCGUCUUGAAAUGCACGUGUGAAGACUUUCUAAUGCUGCGUGGGAGGAUUUGGACGAUUUAGCACCUCGUACAGUGCCUGUUUGAGCCAUGGCAUCUCUGUCAGAGGAGGUCUUGCUGGUGGUAAAAAAGGUUCGCCAGAGGAAGCAGGAUGGCACACUUUACCUGAUGGCUGAAAGAAUAGCCUGGGGUCCAGAAGGCAAAGACCGCUUUACAGUCAGUCACCCGUACUCAGACAUCCGCUGUCAGAAGAUCAGCCCUGAUGGCAAAGCCAAAGUUCAGCUCCAAUUGGUCCUUCAUACAGGCGAGAGCACCACAUUCCACUUUGCCAAUGAGAGCACUGCACUUAAAGACAGAGAAGCUGCCAAGGAGCUGCUGCAGCAGCUACUGCCUAAGUUCAAGAAGAAAGCCAAUAAAGAACUGGAGGAAAAAAACAGAAUGCUUCAAGAGGAUCCAGUGCUUUUCCAGCUUUACAAAGACCUUGUUGUAAGCCAAGUGAUCAGUGCUGAGGAGUUCUGGGCCAACAGAUUAGGGGGUCUAAAUAACUCAGAGCCCGCACCCUACUCCAACAAACAGGAAGUGGGCAUAUCUGGAGCAUUUCUGGCUGACAUUCGACCCCAGACCGAUGGCUGUAAUGGUCUGAGAUAUAAUUUGACAACAGAUAUCAUUGAAUCCAUCUUCAGAACAUACCCUGCAGUGAAGCAGAAGUACAGUGAAAAUGUGCCACAUAGCCUCACUGAGAAGGAGUUCUGGACACGCUUUUUCCAGUCCCAUUAUUUUCAUAGAGACCGCAUCAACACAGGAACACAAGAUAUCUUCUCAGAAUGUGCCAAACAAGAUGAAAAAGGGUUAAUGUCUCUUGUAAAUAAAGGAGUGAAGAAUCCUUUGGUUGACCUGUUGUCAUUGGAGGAUAAAACCUUAGAUGAGGGUUACGGAAUAAAACAAGCACUGCCCUCAACUUCCAACACAAACAAGACAGUGAAGGAGAGCAGCAAUGCUGCCAUUAUAAAGCGGUUCAACCAUCACAGUGCCAUGGUCCUGGCAGCAGGCUCACGCAAGAAUGAGGUGCCUGCUGACCAAGCCAGUGAGACGAGCAGCACAGAUGGAAACUCCAGAGAUUCGGACUUCUUUCAGCCUCCUGUGAAAAAGGUUAAAUUGCAAGAAGCCAUAGAAUAUGAGGAUCUACAAAGGGAAAGCAAACGGAAAACGGUUGCAUUAAACCUUAAGAAGUCUGACAGGUAUGCCCAUGGUCCUGUCCCACUGCAGUCCCAGAAGUAUACCACCAGCCAAGACAUCAUUAAUGCGGUGAACUGUAUCCAGCAUGAGAUGGCCCAUUACAAACCCAAUCUUACUCAGGUAAUGUCCAGCACUGCAGCAAGUUCUGCUAUUGCAGCGCUUUCUCCAGGGGGUGUCCUCAUGCAGGGGGGAGCACAGCAAGCCAUAAAUCAGAUGGUCCCUUCUGACAUUCAAGGGGAGUUGAAACAUCUUUAUGUAGCUGCUGGAGAGUUGUUGAGACACUUCUGGUCUUGUUUUCCUGUAAAUACAUCAUUUUUAGAGGACAAGGUGAUAAAAAUGAAGUCAAACCUCGAAAGAUUUCAGAUGACCAAGCUGUCUCCUUUCAAAGAGAAGCUUCAGCGCCAGUAUUUAGGUACAAAUCUCACUGGGCACUUGGAGGAAAUGCUGCAGACCGCCUACAGCAAGUUCCACAUCUGGCAAACUCGUCGGAUGAUGAGGAAAACCUGACCUGUGUUCGUGGUUCGAGAACACGGGAGAGACGAAAUGUAGACAGAUGAUGCAGUGAAGGCCUCAGGACCUCUGUGAGGAGACUGCACACCCCAGCCCAACAGAACAUAGUUCCUAAGGGCUUAGUGAUAUAGAGAUGCUGCUUCAAACCCCUGAUCGUUCCACAGAGACAAACUGCAUCUCGGUCACAAAUUACUGUAAUUAGUUUCAUGCUUUUUUGUGUGUGUUUUCUAAGUGGUUAAAGAAUCUCUGCUGGUAACGUUUAAGUGGGACUUUGAAAAAGAAAGAGAAGCAGGCGUUAAAUGACCAAAUUGCAGCUGAACACGUCUCUCAGGACAACAGUUGAAGGUGUAAGGUGCAACAAGAAGAUGGCCAAAACCAUUUUAAGGAAUGCAAGGAGCAGCAGGAGGAGGCUGGUGGUCAAAAAGCCCAUCUGAGCACAUGGAACAGUGUUAAAGGAAAUCUGAAGCAGAUAAGGGCAAGAAUAAAGCAAUAUUGUUAAGAUAUUUCAUACUCUUGUGCAUUAGCGUGUGUUCAAAUCACACCAGCACUGGUUUGUUAUGUUUUCAUUACAUGUCUGUUCUGAAUACAGAAAUAAAGUGAGGUUUUUGUUGA